ACCUCAAUACUAGAAAAGGGCAACUGUCCAUUCCGAAAUGUUCUAUUACCCAAGUGUGUUGCAACGUCAUACAGGAUGUUUUGCUACGAUUUGGUAAGGACUUUGCUCUGAGAGUGUGGAUCGGGGGGGGCAGUGUAGGGUGCUGGCAGCUGCCUGGCCCCCCACCAAUUGAUGGCCCCUCCGUCUCUUUCCCAGGUUGGCAGCAACUGGGGCAACCAAACUCUUGAAGCGGGAAUACCUGAAAGUCAAUGUCCCGAGAACCUGCGAGGAGAUCAUGGCCUUCAUCCACGUCCAGGUCCCGCCUCCCGUGCCUGGGGCUCCCAAGCCCCGCUUCUCACUCUACCUCUCCGCGCAGCUGCAGUACGGGGUCGUCCGCGUUUACACCCGUCAGUGCCAGUACCUUGUGGAGGAGAUCCAGCACAUCUUGGAACACCUCAACCGGGCCCGGCAGCAGAUCCGCAUUGACCUGACAGACCUGGAGCAGCCAGGGUUGCUGCUCCCCAACCAGCUGGCCAUCAUGGAAAUCCUAGAGGAAGCUCCCAAUCCCUUUUUCGGGAUAAUGGAACCGGUGCUGCCCAGCCCCAUGUCCAUCCCCUACGUCCGAUCCAUUCUGGAAACAGCCACCCCUGAAAGAAGUCCCCCGCAGCGCCUUCCUCCGUCUCCCUGGGACCAGAGGCCAGGAGAGCUUCCCAUCACAGCCUCUCCGGACGCCAUCACUCUCAAGGAGGCAGAGCCCAUCACUUUGCUGCACAUUGAAGGCGAGCGAGACCUGCCUGAAAUCACAGUCCAGGAAAUUGACAUGCUGAUGGAUCAAGGCGAGUUUCUGGUGUCCAGGGAAGAGAAGCCUCGCCGGAUUUCCUCCAGGAAAAGGCGAGCAGAAGAAGAGUCUGCCGAGGGAGUCAGAGAACAAGAGCUGUCGGUCUCCACGGGGCUGUCGCCUCCCACAAGGGUCGGGGAGGAGCCGUCUGCUGCGAGGGAAGCAGGAGACAAGAUCCAGCUCCUAGGAGAACCCCCUCUGCUGCCUUUGGCUCCAGCUGCCCGCGUACGAGCCGUCCAUUCUGCAGCCCGGCAGGCGGCGGAGGCAGCUGCGCUUCCUGGAUCCGGUGACCCAGAUUUCCCGGGAAGAUUUCCAGAAGCAGAUCUUGGACCCGCAGGGACAGUGUCAGCCCCUGGAGAUGGUACUGCUGCCGCCCAAGAGGUUGAAGACUGCGGAGGAGCUCUUGGGAGCGCCGACUUAUGGACAAAGCAGAUUUUAACCCCAAAAGGCGAAAACAGCAUGAAGAGAAUUCGCCCCUCCACUUGCCCUUUGUCGAUAACAGAUACCAGAUACCUGGGAGCCCACCCCACCCCACCCCGGCCUAGCCAGGAGGUGCGAGGCUUUGCCUGCUACUUUCAACUGCUCCCUUCACCCCAUUGUUUCCUGGUCCUAGGAUGGAUGCACCCCACCCUCCAGGGCCUCUGGGCCCGCUGCGCCAACCGCCAGCGCGUGGACUACGCCAGGCAGCGAGCAGCGGAGGACAGGCGGAGGAGGAGGGAGGAGGAAGAAGAAGAAGUAGUGCAGAGGGCCGAGGUUCCCAGUGAGCUGGAGGAGCUGCGUGCAGCUGAGGAGCCAAGCAUUCCACCUGUCGGCUCGUCAGAGAUUUCUCUCGAGACGACCGAAGAAGAAUCUCGGCCGAGUUUUGUGGUAGCAGAGGAGAGGGUCCUCCUGGAACCAGAGGAAGCGGCGCUGCCCAUCGUUCCUGAGCUCCCGGAAAUAAGUUUUGAGCUGCCCUUGGAUAAGAACGUGGUCACGGGGGACUACGUGAGAAGGUGA